UGAAAUAAUGUGAACUCCAGCGGGAUGGGGAUAGCGGCGUGGAGUUUUCUCCUCUUGUGCGUGUGGGAGUGCAUGCGGAUCCAAGGCUCGACAGUUGCCUCAACUGCCACGACAGAUGCCCACCGAGUUCCCGUUACCCCCACGGACGACGAAAACCCCGGACUGGUGGAUUGGUUGACUAGGUAUGGCUAUCUCCCACCCCCGGACCCUUCCACUGGACAGCUACAGGCCUGGACAGCCGUCACUCAAGCUGUUCGAGCUAUGCAGAGGUUUGCAGGCCUCCAGGAGACCGGAGUAGCAGAUGAGGAGACGCUGGCUCUGAUGCGAGCCCGGAGAUGUUCACUGCCAGAUGAAGGGGAGGAGCCAAAAUCACAGGCCAAUCAUCUCCUGGAAGGGCAGAGCCUAAGGAGGAAGAGGGCUGUAACCACCUGGUCACGAAGGAGCAUCAGCUGGAGGUUGAGUUCGUACCCCACCAACGACUCGCUCCUUUCCCGUGAGACAAUUCGCUCCCUCGUGUUCUAUGCCCUGAGGGUGUGGGCAGACCAGACUCCACUGGAGUUCCACGAGGUUGGAGGCCCAGACGGGGCGGACCUGCAGGUGGACUUCCUCCAUGGUUCUCAUGGCGAUAGCUACCCGUUCGACGGGCUGGGGGGGGCCGUCGGCCAUGCCUUUUUCCCCUCUGACCCCACCCGAGCGGGAGGAGUGCACCUGGAUGCCGAAGAGGAGUGGGCGUUCCGACGGCCGGCCUCAGAGGGUACCGACCUGUUCACGGUGCUGGUGCAUGAGUUUGGCCACGCCUUGGGUCUCUCCCACUCGUCUGCCCGGCGCUCCGUGAUGAGACCGUACUACCAGGGACCCGUCGGGGACCCCCUCCACUACCGCCUGGGUCAGGACGACCUGGAGCUCAUCACCGGCUUGUAUGGAAGUAGAAACCAUGUCACGGGCACAGAUGCUCCUCUUCUGGCUCCCGAAGCUCCGCAGCAUCGGCACAACGACAGAUACAGACACAGCCGUUCUCUGGACCGUUGCAACACCAGCUUUGAUGCAGUGGCCAAGAUUAGAGGAGAGAUGUUCUUCUUCAAAGGGCUGACUAUGUGGCGGGUCAGUACCGUGGGGCUGGUUUCGGGGCGAGGGGCAUCAGUGAGGAGGCUGUGGGGGGGUCUGCCUCCUAACCUGCCCCCUCUGCAGGCUGUUUUGGAGAGACACUCGGACAACGCCAUCAUCUUCAUCACCGGCUCCCAGUUUUGGCUGUUUAAGGACCUCUCUCUCCAGGAGGGUUCCCCCCAACCCCUCUCAGCUCUCUGGAAAGGGGGUGGGACAAAAGAAAAGGGAGGAGAGGGAGGAGGUGAAGGAGAGGGAGGCCAGGGGGAGCAGGGCCUAAUGUGGGACUCAGAGGAAGGACCAGUUUGGGGGGAGAUUGGAGAGGGUGAAGCUGGAGGAAAAGAAGAAGAGAGCGACACCUGGACAAAACUCAUCAGAGGAGGAGUGAAUGGGAUUACCACUGAGAGAGAUGGCUCCAUCUACCUCUUCAAAGGAGAUUUCUAUUGGAAGUUCCCCCACCCUGGCUCCCCCCCCGAGGCGGGGUACCCUCGAUCCGCAGCCACCGAUUGGUUGGACUGCCCCCGCCCCUCUGCCUCUCCUAGAGGACCGCGCGCUCUCCCUGUCUCCCCCUACUGGACGGCAGGGGCGUCGCGAGUGGGAGAGGAGAGAGGAGAGAGGCGGGGAGGCGACUGCAGGCCAGAGGAGGGGUCCGAGCCUGGACGGAGCAGCCGAGAGAGAGGGCCUGCAGCGAUGCACGUGUCGAAGUGGAGCGUCAGAGACGAGACCCGUGGUGUUUAAAAGUGCGCUCCUGUCAGCCUUUCUUCCUCUGAUGACGGUGUCACGCCUGGCUACAGCCCCGGGUUGAGCCACGGCCCGUCAUCCCCUCACCGCUUCUGUUCGCCGGGCUGACCGCUCCAUUCUACGGGCGUGCCUUACCCUCAGGACGCAACCGACUGAUUCCAACACGGCAGGACAUUCGGGACAUUUCGUCAGAUUCCCGAUCUUACACGUGAUGUCCUUUGGCACCUUGGGCUAAAUAAAAGUUAACAACUCUGA